AUGGGCAUCAGAGCCGAUCCUUCCUGCCCCUGCGGCUGGGACAACGGAGAUGUGAAGCACUUAUUACGAGACUGUCCUUUAUUGGACGGUGCCCGACGCGACUCGAAGCUUUCGCGAGUUCUGCCGAAGGCGAAUUACAAGAUGAUCCUCGACCGUCGGUAUCGUCCUUCCCUACUGAAGAUGGCGAAGCUGACCUUCGAGUGGCUGAAGAAUCUCCGAGAAGCGGAGACUCAGCCUUAG